UGGAAGGUAAGUGGUGCAUGCAGCGUGCUUCUGUUCACGGGGGAAAAUUGACAACUUUUAGUAGUUUUAUGUCAGUUUAUUUUUGACUGGACAGAUUCCUUUUAGGUUUUGGUAGUGGAAAGCAAAGGUCAAUUUUAAGUUUGCUUCACGAGUGUAGGUGCAUUCGGCGACAGGGUGUUGGUCCCAUGUUUCUGAAUCCACAGAUUUUACGCUAAUGGAAAAAGAGGCAUGAGGCCUUCUGCGCGCUUGUUGGAUGAUGCUAGUCAUGUCUUGCUAGCCUAGCCGAAUGUUUAACUGCCCUAGGAAAACUAAAAAUGUAAUUACCCCCUAAUCCAUCGCACCAUGGCAGAUCCCGAACUUGACUUCACCACCGGAGAGUCUGGUGCCUCCGCCACCAUUCCUAUGCAGUGCUCUGCCCUGCGAAAGAACGGUCACGUGGUGUUAAAGGGACGCCCAUGUAAGAUUGUGGAAAUGUCCACCUCCAAGACCGGAAAGCAUGGACACGCCAAGGUUAACAUGGUGGGCAUUGACAUCUUCACCAACAAGAAGUAUGAGGACAUGUGUCCCUCCACCCACAACAUGGAUGUGCCCCACAUCAAGAGGAAUGAGUUCCAGCUGUUGAACAUCACUGAUGGGUUCAUGUCCCUCAUGGGUGACAAUGGUGAUGUGAGGGAGGACCUGCGUGUGCCUGAUUCAGACCUGGGAAAGGAGAUUGAGCAGAAGUUUGCUGCCGGUGAAGAUAUCCUGGUCUCUGUGCUGGCCGCUAUGGGGGAGGAGUGUGCUGUGGCCGUUAAGCAGAUGACCGGUGGCAAAUAGAAAGACCAGACUGGGCUGCCCAGGCAACAAACUCCACCCACAACCAGUCUAGCAUUCUUAUUGGUUAUUCUGUCACCAAAGCGACGGCCUUCAGACAACUUCAAUCAUUCUGUUGUGAUUCCUUUUUUUCUCGUUUUUUGGUUUUCUCUCCGACGCUGUCGGACUGUUACAGCGGCUUGCUCGCUGUUGGGUGGCAUUCUGCCGGAUCACUGAGGUUUAGUUAUACAUAAUCUACUAUAUAAAGAAAAAUACUUUCAAAAUAUAGAUUUUCUUUUUUGACUUCCUCAUUCCUGUUUAUUUUUGCCUUCGAGAUGUUUUGGUCUUGCCACAUACAUUCCAGAAUGUUUAAAAUAAUGAUGGGAUCCAGCUUUUUGUAUGAUUAUUUUUUUAUAUUACUUAGAUUGAAUAGAACAGGUCUGAUGCCUUUUUGGGGAAGGGGGGGGGGCUGGAGGCCCCUUUUACUGUCCAACUCCGUUGGGGUUGUCCCUCUCUGGCCGCCUUACUGCUGCUUCCCAGCAUGGCCUCUGCUCUGGCAGAUCAGACAACUCAGAUGCUUUUCUCCCAAGCCACGAACGAUGGUGGCAGUCCCACCCUAGCAUUUAAAUAAACCUUCGAUAUCAAGAAAGAGAACAUUAGAGAAGAUGCUAAAUAUGAAACCAAACUUCAGUGAUUUCUCUUGUCAAUGCCGCUCUGUCUGUUUAGGAAGCUGAGGGCCCUGUGCGCUUACCUCUAUUGUCACCACGGCAACCUGGCCCCGCCCCGGCUGCCCUGGGCAUCCCAUAAUAGUCGAGUCUGAGGUGUUGGUGUGGCAGCGUGGGCUUCCGGAAUGUUCUGGAAGGCAGUUUGCAGUGAGGUGUGUAUGAGGGCAGGGGGGGUGGAGUUGCAAACUUAUUUUGUUCACUCGAGGCCUUUGUCACCUGACUGGAGAUGGCAAAAAAUAAAGUUAAAACAAAUAGAACGUU